UUGCCCCACUUUUAUUUAUGGCUUUGUCCAGAUUUCUGUCUCUAAGAGGUUGGGAGGUAUGGUUAGUCCCUUUAGGUCAGUAUCUUUUUUUUAAAAGGGAGACCAAAGGUGGUAUUCAUACUGACUUGGGGAAAUUUGGUCCGGGCACUUCCCUCAUCUUUUUUUCAGUAAGUGCCAUGUCGUCUUUUGCAUCCACCAAGGUACCACCUUCUCAGACAGUUGGGGCCUCAGUUUAAUGUGCCAGAAGGACAGCACGCUCAGGAGUGCAGCAACUCCCCUAUGGUGCGCUACAGUAUCAGUACUUGAAAAAAAAAAUCAAUCCAAUAACAUGGUGCGAGAAUAUAACCCACUGCCUUCUGAUCUUGCAGUCCCAAAGGAGAGUUGAUCAUUUAACUAUUAACACUACUGGAUAUAAUAUUCCAGCAACUUUCUGAGUUGACGAGUAAUAUUUAAAAUUUCUCCAUCGCAGACUUCACGUCCGUCAAAAAAUACACGCCGACCCAACACAAAACCUCUUAUUACAAUUGCACUGGAAUUAUUCGAUGAAUAUUUACACUCUCACACUUAUACUCCUUAAGAACAUGAAUUACUUCUUCCCAGACGUCAGCGAGAUGCUAGUGGUGGGACGGAUUGGGCGGGGUUUACUACUGCAUAGUUGAGGUGGAACGGUAGCAACAGUAAAACUUUGCUAAAUUGACUUUAAUAAUUGAUUGCGUUCGUGGAAAUUCCUCGUUUCCAUAUGGAACUAUUGUGCCCUCCAGUGUUGGAUUUGCUUAUUGCUGCUCAGCAAUUGUCAACAUGCUCACGUCUGGUAAUUUAUAUCUCUACAUUUUGGAUGAAUUGAAGAAAUCAGUUAACAUUACUUUUUCAAUAUAGGGGUUGAAUUCGCCCUUAACCGUUUUUGAAAUGUCUGCAUUUGUAAAACAAUUUCGUAUCAUAUCGGACUGGGUGUACAAUGUAUACAUGCAACGUUAACACGCUAUUAGUUCAUCAGAUGUGACACUUCUACUAUCUUCUUACUAGUAUGUAGUAAAACAGUGAAAUAAAUCCACUAAAACUUUGAAUGAACUAAAGCUAUAACAGCUUUCAACACAUUUUAAAGGGAGGUCAAAUUUACUUAAACUGUUGUUGACCACCGAACCAUAAUAUGGGGAGGACAUGGCAGGUUGACGUUUCUGCGCGUGCGUACGAGUUGCACUUUUCAUGUGGAUUUUGUUUAGGGAGUAUGCUUGGUUUGUUGAAUUUCAUGUUGAAGGGUUGAUUUUUUUAAAUAACUUUUAACAUUUCUUUAAAUGGAACUUAAGGUCAGUACUAAUGCAUCAUUAUAGUUGGAAUGAAAAGGUAACUUUCCGGAGGUUCGUAGAAGUAUGUCAGCGGCGAAUUCAAGAGGCACUUUUACGGUAUCGAUGGCAGGAGGCAGCUGAACUUCUUCGGAAUUACUUUCAGUCACUGGAGGACAAGACAACUUUCCAGCGGCGGUGGGCUCCAGAGGUUAUAUGGAGGAUGGGAACUGAAAUUUUGCUCCACCACCCAGAAACCAGAGAUGAUGAUAUUAAUUCAUUUCACGGUCAGAUGAAAAAUAUUGGACUGAAGAUUUACUUGAAGGUGUGCUUAGAGCAUGCUUUUCACAUGUUAUGUGGUGGAAAUCUGGAUGAAGCCCACAGAGGCCUUACAGUGGCAGAAAGCUGGAGAUAUGGAGGAACUUACUCUCAGCAAGAGUUGCUUAAAUUCAUUCAGGCUUAUAGAGCACUGCUGGAUUAUUGCACUUGGUGUAAAAAAAGAAGUAUGAUGUCAAAGGAAGAUUUAGAAGACCACACUGAAACUACUGUUUCACAGGACUUGCACAAUUACUUCCGUCAAGCAUUUGUGACUAUGCAAGAGAUUUUUAAGAAUCCAGGGGUCUGGGAUCCCUUCGUAAUAAGCUGUGUGGAUAUGCUGGAAUUUUAUGAAGACCAUGAAGAAGCCCUCAAAUUGCUUGAAUUCUAUGCAUAUGACAAACUGUUUGUACCUAACCCAAAUGCCUUUGUUUACCUGUAUACAUUUCUGAAGAAGCAUCAAGCAAAAGAAAAGGCAAUCAUGAAAGUUCUUAAGAGUUUACAUCAGCAUGUUCCCUCUCACCAGCUGAUGCUGGAAUUUUUAGAGCUGCUGGAGAAGUCCAAAAAGCAGAAACAUUGCAAGCUAGGAUUAACUGUUUCGUUUACACUUUUGGACUAUCCUGACUGGAAGAAUAACCUAGAUGUUUGGAAACUUUUGGUGAAGCAAAUGUCAAAAGCUGCAAAUCUCAAACACACAGAAUGGAUCCAAAAACAAUGGGAACUCAGAAUUAAUUGGUGGCCUGACUUUCACUUUAGUGCAUCUCAAGCAAAGAAGAAUUUUAUUGAACAAAGAAGCUUGGCAUAUAGAAAAGCAUUAGUAGCUGGGGUUCUUCAAGGGAAAGGUAGCAUUUACUUCAAAUGUAUAUGCAGAAGAUGGAAGAGUGCAAAAAAAUCAAAGCUAAAAAGGAUGAAAAAGUUUGUAGUGAAGCACAGUUUAGUGCAAUGUGAAUAAUGUAUUAUACAAAAAAUGUACUUGAAGUUUUUUUGUUUUUAUCUGUAAAGUAUUUGCUUUUUAAUUUUCAAGCAAAUGUGAAAUUUACCAGUGGCUUGCUACAGCUCAGCACCACUGUUUUAUUCUUCUGUGAAAUAUUGGUAGAAGGGAAAGGUUAUUCACUGGAUCAUUUGACAUACUCUAGGAGAUUUGUCUGCGGUGCCAUAAUCUUGUGCCAUUUCUUCAUCACAGAAUUUGCAGCCAGCAGUAAAUUUUAACAACUCAAGAAACUAAUUAAAAUUUUUUUGACAUUAAACUUUCUAAUUUUGAUAGUA